GAAUGUGAAACUUUUCAUCGAUCAGAUCGAAUUGAAAAAGACUGCUGAGUGAGAGAGCGAGACUAUCCACGAGUGGUAAAAUGGACCCUAUGUUUGAUGGCGCGGACGAAGUCAACUGGACCACGAGCUCCAACGACACGAACAACGGGACCGUGUACUGGAACCAAUUUGUGCAGCCAGCAUGGAGAAUAUUCCUGUGGGCCAUCGCCUACUGUUGUAUAGUAAUCGUGUCGGUCGUUGGCAAUGUGACAGUGAUUUGGAUUAUUAUGGCGCACAAACGCAUGAGGACGGUCACCAACUAUUUCCUGCUAAACUUGGCGUUCGCCGAAGCCUCCAUGUCCGCCUUCAACACGGUCAUCAACUUCAUCUACGCCGUGCACAACGAGUGGUACUUCGGACUGGUCUACUGCCGCUUCCACAACUUCUUUCCCAUCGCGGCCGUGUUUGCCAGCAUCUACUCCAUGACCGCCAUCGCCCUGGACAGGUACAUGGCCAUCAUCCACCCUCUCCAGCAGCGCAUGUCAUCCACAGAGACCAAGGUAGUUGUAGGAGUGAUCUGGGUCCUGGCUCUGCUCUUGGCCUUUCCUCAGUAUUAUUACUCCAACAUUGACCAGCUCCCCGGCCGGGUGGUGUGCUACAUUGACUGGCCCGAAUACACAAUAUGUGACUUCAAAACAAUGUAUUAUGUGUGUGUGGCCAUCCUGAUCUACUUCCUUCCUUUGUUGGUGAUGGGCUGUGCUUAUCUAGUGGUGGGACUAACCCUCUGGGCCAGUGAAAUCCCAGGAGACUCUUCCGAUCGCUAUAAGGAGCAACUGACUGCCAAACGCAAGGUGGUGAAGAUGAUGAUUGUGGUGGUGUGUACAUUUGCUAUCUGCUGGCUGCCCUUCCAUGUCUACUUCCUGCUGCACCAGUUUUUUCCCGACAUGUUUGAGGAAACAUUCAUCCAGCAAGUGUAUUUGGGCAUCAUGUGGUUGGCCAUGAGUUCCACCAUGUACAACCCGAUCAUCUACUGCUGCCUUAAUGACAGGUUCCGUGCAGGUUUUAAACAAGCUUUCCGCUGCUGCCCUUGUGUCCCUCAAAACUCAUACGAAGGCCUCGAACUCAAGUCUACUCGCUACUUUCAAACUCAGACGAGCAUUUACAAGGCAAGCCGGAUGGAGACCACCGUGUCAACUGUAGUCCAGGCAGGGGAUGAAAUGGAGCAGUCUAAGGCCAAAGCUACGGUCGAUCCUGGGCCUGUUGGAGCGGUUGUUGGGGAGGGACAACAAAACUUUUCAGUGGAACUCACUUCAAAUGGUUCUUCGUCUCGCCGCGUCUCCAAAACCGUGUCCGAAGCGUCUCAUUUCUUCUCGCGCAACAACCUCCAAGAGCAGAUGUUAAACACAAGCAGCUUUCUGUCAGACAGCCAGGAGAGAAUCUGA